AAAAGGUGAAGAAGAAAAUAGGAAGUAGUUGACGAGAAGCUAGCUAGCAUGGUUAAUAUUUAGCUAGCUGCUUCACUUCAGAAUACUGUACUAACUAAUUAACAAUCUCUUUAACGGAUUGUAGCUGUCUUGCCAUUGACUACAUUUUUGUUGGUACGUAGGUAGGACAAUAUGAGCGGAGAGAGGGAAACGUUGUUGGAUGGAAUCGAACAGAGUUUGUGGAAUUUAACCGAGAACAAUUUACGUUACCUGUGUGAACGUUGUGGAAUAGCUGGCCAAGAUGGCUCCGACGUUAAAGGGAAGAAUUAUCGCUCGUUGCGUCGUAAAAUAGAAGAAUAUUGUGAAAGUGAUGAUUUAAUGAAAUUAGAGGACCAGGGAAUGUCUUGGUUACUCCAACUGCAAAACGACAUCAAAACAAUACAACAAGAUGCUAGCCUCAGCCAGUCAGCGCAAGUGGACACACUGGACGGCACCGAACCAAGCAGAACCAAGAACGAGGGGGGCGCUGAGAGGUUGACAGACCCAGCUCCAGAGAGACACAUACCACCAGAACAAAGGGAGAAAGUGAGUGACGACUCAGAAGACCCAUCUAGACAGUCCCCACCCAGUUCUUCGGAGCCCCAGCGCUCGGCGUCAUCACCGGGUCCUGACAGGAACCAUGGUGACCAGAGGUCAAAACUGGGUAGUCUGCGGAUAGUUCUACAAAAAGUUGUUGUCGUCAAGGAGGAGGAAGAUGACUGGGAUUGUUGUGUUACAGGUGAGAGUCCCAACCAACCAUCUGCCAGUGAAUAUAGUCCCUCUUCAUCGGAAGAACCAGAACAUUCCGAAUACGAAGAUCCUGAACAUUCCGAAUCCGAAGAACCUGAACAACGACGAGUGAAACGCAAAACUAAGACUCACAGCUGCCUAGCGUGUGGGAGGAAGUUUGUCUCCUUGUACACACUAAGGAGACACCAGAACAGGACACACACAGGAGAGGAGACGGAGAAGAGUAAAGGACAGAGUCCUGCUUCAGGAGAACCUGAACAACAGAAGAGGAAAUGGGGAGUCAGGAAGACCCACUCCUGCCCCGAGUGUGGGAGACACUGCCCAUCGUUAUCAGCACUGAAGGUCCACCAGAGAAUCCACACUGGAGAGAAGCCUUACCUCUGCUCUGAGUGUGGGAAGGGCUUCACUUAUCAAAGUAGCUUGAGAUUACACCAGAAGAAAGACUCAGCUGACAAGGUGACCUGCUGCUGUGGACAAGAGUUCUCCUCAAAGUGCGUUCUGGAGGUUCACUUGAAGACAGACACUGGAGCCAAGCCUUACACCUGCUGCGUUUGUGGCAAGGGGUUCGGUAAAAAAGAACGGCUAAAGGAACACCAGCGAUCUCACACAGGAGAGAUGCCUUACUCUUGCUCUUUCUGUGGCAAGGGUUACUACCAAAAACCGGCUUGGAAAGCCCACGAGCGAACACACACCGAGGAGAAGCCCCUGUGCUCUGUGUGCGGACGGACCUUCUCUAAUAACACUACAUUAAAAGUCCACCAGCGAACACACACAGGAGAGAAGCCUUUCCUCUGCUCUGAGUGUGGCAAGGGCUUCCUCAGUAAAGCAUACCUGACGACCCACCAGCGAUUCAACUGUUCUGGGGGAGAGGAACGACGGCGAGCAAAGAGCUUUCACAAGUGUCCGGACUGUGGGAAGGAGUUCACUCAAGCAAACAAACUGGAGAGACACACGAGAACACACACAGGAGAGAGGCCUUACCAGUGCUCUGUGUGUGGGAUGAGGUUCAACCAGAAAGGGAAUCUCAAAACGCAUUUUAAAGUGCACACAGGAGGGGAUCCCAGUUUAGUGGCUGACAUGGAGACUCCCUCUGAACAACCUCGGGACAACAGACGUAAAGCUGGGAGACCACAACGCUGCCUCCAUCAGCAUGACGAGGAGGGAACCCAAAACCUACCGGCACCACAAUCCCACCACCUCCCGGCACCACAGAGGGAGGGAACAUCCCACCCCCUCCCGGCACCACAGAAACCCACCAUGUCCCCCAGGGGAGAAAAACACUAUCUCUGCCCUGAAUGUGGCAAGACUUACACCAGGGAAUAUGACCUCCGGGUCCACCUCAGAACGCACACAGGAGAGAGACCGUACCAGUGUGAUGAAUGCGGAAAGACCUUUGUUCGGAAACAAGGGCUCCGUCAACACCGGCGGUCGCAUGCUCCCAAGCCCAUGGGACCGACCCGUCAGUUAGGCCGGCCCGUCAGCAUGGGCUCCAGUAGCAGAAGACCUAACCAAUCACCCAGGAUGGGAAGCUCUAAGCAGCAGUUGUCCAGGGUUGAUAAACCCAUGCCUCCGUUCUCUAGUGUAGAGAGACCCAUGCCGUUCCAUACAGUGGAGAGACCCAUGCCUUUACAUCGAGUGGAGAGACCGAUGCCGUUACCAGACAUGGAGAGAGAACACUGGCAGUACUGGCACCUUUAAACUCCAUGGCUAGGUCUGCAUCCUAUUCCCUAUCUAGUGCACUACUUUUGACAAGGGCUCAUGGGGUUCUGGACAAAUGUAGUGCACUAUAAAUGGAAUAGGGUGCCAUUUUGGACACACCAUGUCUCCCAUGACUAAACAGAACUGUUCUUCUUGCUUCCGUUUGUGUGUGUGUGUGUGUGUGUGUGUGUGUGUGUGUGUGUGUGCGCGCAUGUUGUUGCGUCCUCAUUUAUGAUCAGUAUAAUAAUCGUUACCACUGUGCAAGAUAAUCUUGCCAACUGUAGUUAUAGUAACGUACAUAUUUUUAAUCAACAAAAAUUAAGCGAUUGCAUUUUUGUCCAUUCUAGUGUAUAAAAAAUAAAUAAAAAAGAUCUUAUUUUACUUAUUGAAUCUGUAAUGAUACAAAACAAAUCCACAGUGACGUACAUGUCAUAAUGCCAGUAUCAAACGUUGGCCCUUUUUGUAUAUGCCUUAUAACAUUUUGAUUUCAUUGCCAGUAUAAGCAGAGAUGGCUAAGUUGUAAGAUAUGUCAUCUGUUGUCUUUACACUUCAGCCCGGAUGGUGGCGGUGUGUGUGUGUGUUGCUUCCUCGUCUGUGAUCAGUACAAUAAAGUCUGCUGUAUUGUGUAAGAUAAGCAUUCCGACUGUAGUUGUCAUCCUGUGCAUAUUUUAGUCCUUGUGUUUUUUUAAUAUCUUGUUACUUAUUUAAGCUGUCAUGAGACUAAGAAAUCCACAUUGACUUGCAUGUCAUAAUACCAUGGACCAAUAAAUUAACAUUGGGAGGGGGGAAAAA